AUGUGUAGGACGCUGCUUGCGUCGACGCCCAAGGCGAACAAGGAGAACGUCGCGUCUAGAAGCCGCUUCCCUGCGCCUCAAACCAUCGAUAAGCUGCACAAGCCCUUCAAGUGCCCCGGUUCGGCCAACAGGACACCUGCCAGCGACCGACCUACCAGGAAGAAGAGGAAGAUCGACUACACAGGAGCAGAUGGAGAGGUCGAUGCGGACAAGCCAUACACAAAUGAGGACCGUCUCGCCCUUGCCAAUCGAGAUGUCAAUCGAUUCCCCGUAUUCCAGGCCAAGGACAAGAACACAGUCUUCCGCAAGGCUUUUGCUAUCCCUCUGAUCAACAAAAAUUCCGCUGCCUUCAAUCCCAACCGACCGCCACCCACGCUCGGCCUCAGGCAGGGCGCCGUCUUCGUCGCCAAGCCCCUGCAUGAUCCGAGUGGCGAAUUCGCAAUUGUUCUCUACGAUCCUACGGUGGAUGACAAGCCUAAGGAGCCCGAGCAGCUGAAGGAGGAAGAGAAGCCGGUCGAGAAAAUCCAGGAACCGCUCAUGCACAAGAGUCUCGCCGAGAUCCUGGGCAUCAAGAAGAAGGUCGAGGGGCAGCACCCACGGGUCCCCGUCGUCAUUGAUCCUAAGCUAGCCAAGGUCCUGCGGCCCCAUCAGAUCGAGGGUGUCAAGUUCAUGUACCGAUGUGUCACCGGCGUGAUUGACCCAAACGCCAAUGGGUGUAUAAUGGCAGACGAGAUGGGUCUCGGCAAGACCCUGCAGUGCAUCACCUUGCUGUGGACGCUUCUCAAGCAGUCGCCAGAUGCAGGGCAGACCACGAUCCAAAAGGCUGUCGUGGCCUGUCCCUCGAGUCUGGUUCGCAACUGGGCCAACGAACUGGUCAAGUGGCUGGGUGCCGAUGCCGUCACUCCUUUCGCCAUAGACGGCAAGGCCACCAAAGAGGAGCUCACCAGACAGCUCAGGCAGUGGGCUAUCUCCAGCGGGCGUGCUGUAACCCGCCCGGUCAUUAUCGUGUCCUACGAGACCCUGCGGCUGUAUAUCGAUGAGCUCAAGAACUGUAAGAUUGGCCUGAUGCUCUGCGACGAGGGCCAUCGUCUCAAGAAUGGAGACAGCCUAACGUUCACUGCCCUGAAUAACCUCAACGUCACGAGGCGGGUGAUCUUGUCCGGCACACCGAUCCAGAACGAUCUGUCCGAGUACUUCGCCCUCAUCAGCUUCGCCAACCCUGGCCUGCUCGGCACGAGGCUGGAAUUCCGCAAGCAGUUCGAGCUUCCCAUCCUCCGCGGCCGCGACGCUGAUGCAACCGACAAGGAACGCCAGAGGGGCGACGAGUGUCUGUCUGAGCUGCUCGGGAUUGUCAACAAAUUCAUCAUCCGCAGGACCAACGACAUCCUGUCCAAAUACCUGCCGGUCAAGUACGAGCACGUCGUCUUCUGCGGCCUGGCUCCAUUCCAGCUUGAUCUUUACAACUACUUCAUCACCAGCCCGGAUAUUCAGGCCCUGCUCCGCGGCAAGGGCAGCCAGCCUCUCAAAGCAAUCACCAUCCUCAAGAAGCUAUGUAACCACCCGGACCUGCUUGAUCUCAGCAACGACCUGCCAGGGAGCGAGGAGCACUGGCCCGACGAUUACGUGCCCAAGGAAGCCCGUGGGCGCGAUCGCGACGUGAAGCCGUGGUACAGCGGCAAGAUGCAGGUUCUAGACCGCAUGCUGGCCCGGAUCCGUGCUGACACCAACGACAAGAUCGUGCUCAUCUCCAACUACACGAGCACUCUCGACCUGUUUGAGCGCCUCUGCCGCAACAGAACCUACCCGUGCCUGCGUCUUGACGGCUCGAUGAACGUCACAAAGCGGCAGAAGCUUGUCGACAAGUUCAACGAUCCUGAGGGGGACGAGUUUAUCUUUUUGCUCUCCAGCAAAGCCGGAGGCUGUGGUCUUAACCUCAUUGGCGCUAACCGUCUUGUCCUCUUCGACCCUGACUGGAACCCGGCAGCCGACCAGCAGGCACUUGCCCGUGUGUGGCGUGAUGGGCAAAAGAAGGACUGCUUCGUCUACCGGUUCAUCGCCACAGGUACGAUCGAGGAGAAGAUCUUCCAGCGGCAGAGCCACAAGCAGUCACUGUCUUCGUGUGUGGUGGAUGAGGCGGAAGACGUGGAGCGGCACUUCAGCCUGGACAGCCUCCGAGAGCUGUUCCAGUACAGACCAGGGACGAGAAGCGAUACUCACGACACGUUCAAGUGCAAGCGGUGCAAGCCUGACGGGAAACAGUACCUCAAGGCGCCGGCAAUGUUGUAUGGUGACACGAGCACGUGGAACCAUUUCAACAAUGAAGGUUUGAAUGCGAUUCAAGACUUGCUCCUUCGGCAGGAGUGUGGCGUGGAUGAAGUAUCGGCCGUGUUCCAGUACAUAUCGCAUUGA